AUGGGCAGGUGGCCGGGUCCUCGUGCGUGUCUUGGUUCGUUCAAACCUUCUUGGUCCAUCUCACUGCUGAAAGAAUUCGCAGUUAAAAAUGCAGGGUGUUUUGUUGCCUUUGCCUCUGAGGUGGAGACACCUUUCCUGGGGGCGGAGGGGCGCUACGGCAGGAGUAGAAGCGCCGGCGUGCCGGGCGCUUUGAGGGUAGCGGCCGCCCGGUCGCGUGUGGCUUUCGGUGAUCCGGUGGCCAAAAACGCCUAUUUGAUCAUAAAACUGUUCCUUUGUAAUAGCUUGUGGGAAGUGGAUAAACCUGGACUCCAUUGUAGGAGCACUGCAAUCUGGUUUUCAGGGACUCAGCUGGAACAGGAAUACAGGCUCUCAGUUUGCAGCAAGCUAUGCUAUGCAAUAGGAGGUGCCCCAAAUCAGGUGGCAGGGAGCGCUGCUGCCUUCUUCCUACAGAUCUACCUGCUAGAUAUAGCCCAUAUUACUCCAUUUCAUGCCUCUUUGGUGCUGUUCAUUGGCAAAGCCUCAGGUGCAGUUACUGAUCCUGUUGCGGGCUUUUUUAUUAGCAAAAGUAGAUGGACAAAAAUUGGCCGGCUCAUGCCUUGGAUGCUGGCAUGUACACCCUUCACAGUAGUGUCCUAUUUUUUCAUGUGGUACCUGCCUCCUUUUGUAGCAGGAAGAGUUGCAUGGUACCUGAUUUUCUAUUGCCUUUUCCAAGCACUGACCACAUUGUUCCAGGUACCAUAUUCUGCUCUCACCAUGUUUCUCAGCACAGACCAGAAGGAGAGAGAUUCUGCAACAGCAUACCGAAUGACCAUGGAGGUGCUUGGGACCUUGAUUGGAGCUGCACUCCAGGGACAAAUUGUGGCCAGUGCUCAUGUCUCUCAUCACUGCACUGUAAACACAACCAGCCAUUUUAUCUCCCCGCAUGACGCUCCCAGCUUCCCUGAGCCCUUAGACCCCCUGUCUCAUCAAGCAAAGGUUUAUAUGAUUGCAGCAGGGGUUAUAGGAGGUGUGUAUCUUCUUGGAAUUGUCAUUUUUUUCUUUGGAGUAAAGGAAAAAGAUGAUCCUUAUGCCUUAACUUCAGACAGAGCAAUUCCUUUUUGUAAGGGGCUUGGACUCACCAUGAAGCAUGGUCCAUAUGUGAAACUUACAGCUUCAUUUCUUCUCAUCUCAACAGCAGUUCAGCUGGAGCAGAGCAACUUCGUCCUGUUCUGCACGCACGCAGCUAAUCUCCGCAAUCACUUCCAGUAUUUGGUGGUUACCAUUUUGGUAUCGGCGGCUGUCAGCAUUCCUUUCUGGCAAAAGAUUCUGCAGCGAUUUGGCAAGAAAUGUGCAGCAUAUGGGAUUUCGUGGAUGAUUCCUUUUGCAGUCAUGCUAGUGACCAUACCAAACCUGAUCUUGGCGUAUUUUGUUGCCUUUGUCUCGGGCCUGAGCAUUGCAGCCUCUCUGCUGUUGCCAUGGUCAAUGCUGCCUGAUGUUGUUGAUAACUUUCGCCUGCAGAAUCCCCAUGGAAAAGGACAUGAAACAAUUUUCUAUUCCUCUUAUGUUUUCUUUACCAAGAUGUCAACGGGGAUUGGCUUAGGAAUUUCUGCAGCAGGCCUGGAGUUUACCGGAUACAAACCAGGUAUUUGUAAACAAUCCAAUGAUGUGAUCCUCACACUGAAAAUCCUCAUUGGAGCAGUCCCUGCUAUCCUCAUCAUUGUAGGUUUAUUAAUACUUCUCUUCUACCCAAUCACAGAAGAAAGUCGGAAAGAAACAAAGCUUGCGCUUGAGAUGUUAAGAAGGAACCAUCAAAGCACAGAGAACCUUGAUGAACACAGAGAGGACACCUUGGUGUAAAAGCUCUGUAUGCAAUGACUUUCCAAACCAGCCUCACAUCCCACACACACAAACUCUGUGAACAUCUUCUGGGUCACUUCCCUGCUCACAUUUUGUCACAAAGGAUAAAGGAUGAUUCUGAUAGUCAGUGAUGAAUUCAAGAGAGGACAUUCACCACUUAAUAUGUACAUAACUUCAUGCACUGUUCUAAAAUAGACAUUACAAAUAUUCAGGAACAGAAUAGAAGCUAUUGAAAGUUUUUUGGUUUUUUUGUUUUUUUAAUGAUAAUGCAAAGCAAGGACCUUGUGGCUACAGGAGGUUCUAUGGACUUAGGGGUUAAGGGGAAAUAAUGUAAAUGUGAUAUACUGGGCAAAUCUUAACUCAGUGAGAUACAUUCUUCUGACCUGAACUGACUCUGUAAUCUUUGCUGGAAAGGGUAUUCUUCAUCACUUCUUCUGACUAAUUCCUGUGUGAUAUUUUUCCGCUAAGAGGCUGGGGUGGUUUUCAGACACAGUCUGUACAUAUAAAUUGCGCACUAGUAUGCUUGGAAAGCACUUUGGAAUCCUGAAAUAUACUGCACAAAGCUAGGAUUUAGUUUCUUUUGAAAUGAAGCAAACCACAGAUGCAGACAUGUUUUGAGAAUUUUUCUCACAAAGAGUUUUUCUGAAAGAGAUUUUGAUGCAAUGUAACUUUAUAGAUUUUAUGUGACACAGAAGCUUACAUUUCCAAUUACUAUUGAUCUGGAACUCCUUGUUUCUGACACCUUUAAACUGGUCUUUGCCAGAACGUGAGUACUUGACAUUUUCAAAAAAUGACAUCUCCAGUCAAGGUACCCAAAAUCAGUAGUCCUUCCAAAAAAUUAGCCUAUGCAGUAUGAAUUUCUGUAACUUUGGCCUUAAGCAAUCAUGGUACUCAUCCAUUUCCAUGUGGUGUAGGCUCUCUACCUCAUAAAACACCACAGCACAGCUGUCAAUCUCAGCUCACAUACUGUUUUAUAAUAAUGAGGCCACACUUGACUUGUAAAUGGUGAUUUUUUUGAGCCAGGGGUUUCAUCCUGCAUUAGAUGCAUUAACUGAAACCUCAUUUCUACUAUAGAUUUGCACUGCAAACUGCAUUUUGUAGAUAAAAGAAACAGCUAACUUCAGGUACUUUCUGGGGCGUUUAAGUUCAGACUCCCGUCACUGAGCUUUUUUCUGUAGCCAGUGGAGAGAGAUACUUCCAGCGGCUGAUUCAAAGCGUGAGCUAAAAUGACUAGACUCUGAACACAGAUAUCUAAAGUUGGAAUGGAGAGUGAUGAAUCCAAGAGCUGAAGGUUUGUUAAUGUGAGGAAAUUAGCACAGCACAAGACGAGAAACAAAUUUAUAGUACACUGGCUUCUCUGUAUCAGCACAGGGGGAUGUCUCUAUUUUGUACUAGAAGUGCCUUUAGAGGUAUGGCUUGUUACUGUUUGGGAGCACUUGCUGCAGGCAUUACUGGAGGCACAAAUAAUUUACUCCAGGCCAUCUGGGAAGUAACUGAUGGUGCUGGGACUGGAAGCUGCGAAGGCUUUCACAGAAAGAUAUUGUGAAGUAAAAUCAGUGCAUCCACUGGGUGUCUCAUUAAGUUUAAUAAUGAAGCCUUUUCAGGCAAGUUUAAAGUCUAAGGCCUAAUAAACUGUCCUAAUUGGGCAAAGCACUUAAGCAUGAGUGAGCUUUAAAGGCUAUAUUUUGGUACUCCUGACUGGAGUGUAUGUGGGUAAAAGAGUUAACUGUGUUCAAGAUUUCUGCUAAAUUGAUACCUAAGGCUGUUUUUUCAGUUCCAGUCUUGAAAAAAGAAGGUUUAUAUGCCUGGGGCAUCUAUGUUUGCACCAAUAAAUACCAAAAGCCUGUUUACAAUUUUGAGUCUGAUAGAAUCUGAAAUAAUAGGUAUACUGCAUUUUGAAACAAGUAAAUUAUGUAGUAAUGUACUACAUGGCUCAAAACUCCUCAGCAAACAAAUUUUUGGUUUGGAUUUAUUCUGUUACAUUUAUAUCUUUCUGGAUA